CAUAUUCCAAGCGUAUUGCUGUAGGGCUCUAGGGUUGUAGUUUGCAAGGAGUUUGGGCAGAAGGGAUGGAAGCCCUUUCAUAAUUGUUGAGUUUGCCUUACGCGGUCUAGACGACUAGGCCUGGUGGAAAUGGACCUGCGACAAGCCGUUGGUGGGCAAACAUGGCGCAGAGUGCAGCCGUUGGCCCCGCCCCGCGCGAGGGCGCACGUCCACGGCUUUCCGCACAGUGUUAGCAGCACGCUUCCGACGAGGACCUCGGCACGCAUCGCUGCAACAUGCUCAUCUGCGGCAGUUGGCAGCCUUGUUUCGACCACUACGGCAGCGGAGCAGGCAGCGGCGCUGUUCGAGGACCAUGCCUCGCGGCGGAGCGCGAAGCUCGCUGAGGCGUGUUCCAUCUGCCCAGCGGUGCUGCAGACGCGUCUAUCAAAGGCGCACUCGAGCGCUGUGUCUGCGGCGUUGGUCGUCCAGGACACGCUGGAUGAGAAACUGGUCGUCACUGCUUCGCUGGACAAAGGCGUUGCCGCCUGGCGCUUCUACACGGCCGGCAGCGUUGAUGGCGCGCAGGGCUCGGUCGACGAGUCUAUCGAGGUCACGAGGCUCAAAGUGCCGGGGGCGCCGGUGUUCUCGCUUGCAAAGAUUCCCGAUGUGAAACCUGACGGCACCGUGGCGAAGCGUGUUCCGACCGGAAAGCCAUCGGGCAUCUAUUUGGGCACCGCCGCCAAGGAGGUGCUGACAUGGAUGCUUGGCUCAAAGGACGUCACAGACAAGAUCGUGCUGAGCGGCCAUACCGGCUGGGUGCGCUCGCUUGCUGUUACCGGCAAGUGGUUGUUCAGCUGCGGCUGCAACUUCCUCCGGCUUUGGGACACGACCUUCCGCACACCCAAGGAGAGCGAUAGCGUGCGCCUGUUCACCGGGGACAUACUCGCCAUAGCCGCCAGCCAGGGGCAGGUGUUCACGGCGGGCGCGGACGGCUCGCUGCGCUCCUGGACCAUCAGCCGGAGUGGGGAGCUGGAGGCGGGGCCGGCGGUGGAGAAGGCGCACGAGGGGCGGGUGGUGGCGUGCCUGGUGUCUGAGGGCCGCGUGUACACGACAUCGUACGACGGGUCCAUCAAGGCCUGGUCCGCCUCCGGGCUGCAGCUGCUGGCGGAGGUGCGGGGCGCGCACGGCGGCGAGAAGGUGCUGGCGGCGGCGCUGGGCGUCAACGGAGUGCUGUUCACCGGCGGCGACGACAAGAUGGUGCGGGCUUGGGCGCCCAGCAGUCUGGCGCCGCUGGGGCCGCCCAUGCAGGCGCACGGCGCGUCCGUGCGCGUACUGGCCGCCGGGCGCCGCGGAAUCCUGGUGUCGGGCGACGCCGACGGCGACGUGUGCAUCUGGGGCGUGUGCGACGUGGAGCUGCCGCAGGAGCAGCCCGAGCCUGAAGCGGCGGGCGCGGCGGCGGCGCUGGGCGCGUCGGCGGUGGCGGGCGCGCAUGACGGGCUCGCGAACGGCUGCGCGGUGGGCGUGGCGGUGGCGCCGCCGACGCUGCAGCAGUUGGAGGACAUGUUCGCGGCGCCCGCGCAGUCGGCGCAGGAGCAGCAGCAGCAGUACCUGGAGGUGCCGCAGCAGCUGCUGCAGGAGCAGCAGCAGCAGCAGACGGAGAUGCCGGAGGCGGCCCCGGCCGCACUGGCGGUGUCCGCGGCCAGCGUCGAGCCGUGGGUUGACCUGCCUCAGCCAGCAGCCGCGCCGCCAGCGAUGGCGCCGGCUGUGGACGCGGCGGUUGCGGCGCCCGAGGAGGUGUGGGCCAACGGUCAAGUCAACGGCCACGCUCAGGCACCAGCACAUCUUGACGCCAUUGCUGUUCCGGCGGUGGAACCAGAGCCGGUGCCGGCAGCAGCGGUGGCGGCUGAUGCCCUGAUAAGCCCAGCGCUGGAGGCAGUAGAGGCGGCGCCGCAGGACCUGAACGGCCACGUGAACGGUCAUGUGAAUGGCCAUGCGAACGGCCAUGUCAGCGAGUACGUCAACGGCCACGCGGCGGCCGUUGGUGUAGUUGCGCCGCCGGCGGCGGAUUGCGACUGGACCCGGCUGGACGGCGCCGCCGCCGCUGCUGUCGCUGUCGGCGCCGCGGCGGCACCGGAGCUGCUGCCAGUGGAGGCGCCCCCAGUGGCGCCUGCGGCAGCCGAAGUGGUGGUGGCGGCGCCAGCGCCGGCACUUGUGGUGGCGAUGCUCCCGCAUGUGGAUGUGGAGGACGUGGCGUCAGCCGUGGCAGUGGCCGUGCUCACCAAGGAAGCGGAUGCACGUGCGGCCGCUGCGGCGGCAGCAGCAGCGGCCGCCGCCGCCGCGGAGGCAGAGGCUGAGGCGGCGGCUGUCGCGGCCGCCGCCGCUGCAGCCGUGGCUGCGGAGGCUGAGGUGGCGGAGGCCUCGCUAGCGACCCUGGCGGCGCAAGCCGUGGCGCAGGCGGCGGCGGAGACUUUGCAGACCCUGGCGGCCGCGCCAGUGCAGGAACAGGCGGCGGUGGCGCUUGACACAGCGGCACCCGCUGAGGCGCCGGUGCCUGCGGCGGCGGCGGAGGCGACAAGGCAGCAGGCGGCACCAGCAGUGCAGCAGCCGCUGCAGCAGCCGCAUCCGCAGCAGUAGUCGUCAGCAGCAACCUUGCUCAACCGUGAGAGAACUGCGCGCGUAUUGCGCGCCCACGGGUCCGCAUUUUGCGGGCGCAUGGCUGUCCGUGGGUGGCGCGCUUUCAGGCCGUGCGUGGCCUCAGGAAAGUGCGUUGCUCGGCGGUGCCAGUCGCUGCGCCCGGGUGUGCCCGCCAGCAUGUUUCGAGGAGAGCUCAACACGUUGAAGCGCCAUCGCAAGAUCAUUGGGGGACACCCACGACCAGCAGUACCGGGUUGCGGCCAUCCAAUGAUUGAUGAUGUGCGAUGCAGAUUUUAUCGCGCGAAGCUCAGAAACAGGAGCCCGCUCCAACGAGUGGCCGCACGUGCUGCCUUUAUACUUGCGAGCCAGCUUGCAUCACACAUCGGCGUGUGCGAAGCAGGGCGAUGUUGCUGUUCCUCCGCCUGAGCGGGGGCGUGGGCCGAGCGGAGAGGCGUGGAGCGGCCACGUGCACCAGAGACGUUCGCAAGACACAUAGUUAAUCGUAGCUUCCUUCCCAUCAAUGGCAUUUGUCCAGCAUUGCGUCUACGCACAUACCGUAUACACUUAGGUAGCAAGCCACUUUUGCCUUUGUUGCCUUUCUGAUGUGGGGCAAGCGGACGAGCCAAAAGACGAAAGCCCUGUUGUUUGGUUAUUAGUCGGUCCAAGGGGCCCUCGCCCUUCAGCCGUGUCUGGAAAGCGUUUCUUGGGGCUGGAGGAGCCGACUGAGUUGUGUCUGGACCUUUGUGGCAGAUAAGGCUCUCGGCAACCAAGCCUGCAGUGCAAAUACUUUCGUGCCGGGUCAUCAGUAGUCCUGUGCUCGGCAAGGCUUGUGCAACUAGGAAAUCGAGGUGCGGGCAGCUUGCCGCCUGGUGUCAUCUUGGCGCCGGCAUCUGUGUACGGCCUUUCUGGGCCGGGUUCCAAGGAGUUGGAUGUGGGUGUGGCGACUUUGCAUGGCGCGGAGUAAUGGCCACAGCGAGGCGCGGAAAUGCAUGUGUGUGUGUGUGUGUGUGUGUGUGUGUGUGUGUGUGUGUGUGUGUGUGUGUGUGUGUAUGUGUGUGUGUGUGUGUGUCUCGCGGCUGGGGGACGCGGAUAUGUCGGUGUGCCGCUGAGUGACCGUGGGCGUGUAGUGUGUCAGGUGUAUCAAGUGUGUGCGAGUUUGCUUAGGCAUGGGUACGUAGCAGGGUAGGCCAGCAGCAGAUGAGCAGGAGGUCGCAGUGUGUCAACUUGUCGUGUGGCCGGCAGAGCGCAGCCCGCGCACCCGAAAGUGGGGUCAAAACAAAGGGUCGAUAUAAGCAUGUGUAGCACGGCUAGCCGUCGUGUUGGGAGGCCUUGCGCUCACGGUUUGGCUGCGGGUGCGAUGACCCGAAUGCUAGGGUCGAUGUUGGGCAGCAGCGGCGGUGUUUGUCGCCGUGACUUCGCCCCUGCCGGCUCGCCUGGGGUUCACGCCGUGCAGGCGCUCUGAGAGCAAGCAGAGAGGACCGAUAAACGCGCUAGUGUUUGUUGCUAUGCGCGGGGGCGGCAACAGCGCCCGUAGGCUGAUUGAGGGAGUGUUGAGGGAAUACGGAAGAAGCCAGAUAGCAAGCAGGAUAGGACCGCGACACUCUUUGGAAGGCGAAGUAAGGGCAAAGCCAGAAUCCCGAUGUUACGAGGGUGGGUUGAUGCACGUACACAACAGUCUUGCGUCCAUGUGCAAAGGUUUCAUAAUAUUUUGGUCAUCUGUCGGUCAAAGUUGUGGUGAUGGCGUUUGAUGUAAUUGUUGAUACGGUAUCAAGUUUGGUUGUUGGGUGGUGGUGUUUGCAGAGAGAAAGCGCUGAUGACGAAGAAGCAACAAUCGGUGUGAGCUGGUGUACACUAUAGAUCUGCGAGACGAUCAGGCGAGACUGGCUGGCGCCUGGGCGAGUGAGAAAGCCGCUGACUGCAGAUGCCGGAAAUUGGGAGGCAUACCGCAGGCGUUGCGGAGGCGGGAAGGAACCCACAAGCGUGGGAACGGAAGGCGGGAAGGGCUGUGCUAUGCCAUAUGGAGGUAGCGCAGUGAACAGUCACAGGAAGAAGAAGAAAGUUGGCGUUCCCUGUUUGCUUUCACCGGCUGCUUAUGGUGGCGCGGUGCGGGUUGUGGUCAGGGCACUGGCUGGGAAGGCGCGUACUCAACAUGUCAAAGUUGUUGUCCAGGAACUGGCGGCUGUGGGUGAGUGUGCGCUGCAAAAUUGUGAGGUUUAGGCGCGAUAUCGUACAAUCAUCGUCUACUGAUUCCAACUAUUAUAGCGGCGGAUAAGCAGGACAUCCAAGGUAUUCCAUAAGGUGCGGUGGCAGAAAAGGCUUCCAGUACUGCAAGGCUGUUUCGGCAGCGAGAGGAGAACGGCACAUUGCUGAUGCGGCGAGUGGCGAUUGGGAUCGGGAGCUGUAAGGAGCCCGACAGGCGAACUUGCGGCGUGGGUGGACCCUACGCCCCCAAGGCCCGGACUGCCCAAAGGCUACGGGCCGCCAUAGGGUAGGCAGACUGGCAGACGGAGGGACAAACCAAGUCACCAACGUCAUUCAUUGACAGUUGAAUGGCGGCAGGCGGAGGGAGGCCAUAAGAUAAUGUGAGAUGGGCAAAGUC